GUUCUUGACCUAGCAGUUUAAACCAACCAAAGAAAUUUAUACACGUUUUGAUCAUACAUAUUUUCGCGUCACUGCUUUCUUACACGUUUACACCGGUUCUGGAUCCCUGUUUUAAUGCAAUCGUUUGCUCACUUACAAAACGCACCUUUACUGGUAUCUGUAUACAAACAUACAUCGAAAAUGGAUUGGAAGCGAAUGCUGGUGCUGCCGGCAUUAUUGCUUAUUCUGAAUAUAGUUACUGCAGAUGAUGAAGUUGAUCUCGAAGACAAAGUAGUAGUGAAAGCAGUUGUUGAAAGUUGUGGUGGAUGACGUUUGAACCGACUUCCAGAGGUCAAGAGAUUCAUCUAUGAUGAUAUCCCUCUGUUUCACAAUGUUGAAUUUAAGAAGGUACCUGGUGCCCCUCCAAUACUCUGCUUAAAGAAUGCAGCAGACCAAGAUGUGGAGAGGAUAGACAUGGAACCUCUUAAAAGAGAUGAAAUAAAUGAUUUAUUAAAAAAAUGGAAUUUUUAUAAAAAGAGUUCUGAAGAUGAAGAGGUCCCAGAAGGAGCAGAUGGACCAUACGAACUUAAAGAAGAAUUAUAAAAUGCUCAUUGUAUUUUUUGUGCCAUUAUAAAAUCACCAUAUCAUGACAUUUAUCUUACAAAAGGAUACAAACUACAAAAUUAUUUCAUUAAGUCCAAUUACUGUUUCACAGAUAAAAAGUGAAUUAAGUACAAAUUUUAAAGGAUUUUUUUUUAAUUAACUUCUUCAAUGCUUUCAUUUUUCUUUCAUCACACAAUUUUUCUAUGCAAAUUUACAUCAUAACAUAAUUGCUUUUGAUAUUUAAUAUAGUUAUAGACAAUACAUGUUUUUACUCAAGUAAAUCUGCCAACCAAAAUCCUAUUUUGAGGGUUUGUGACUGAGAAGUCGACUGUUAGAAAUUUCCCUGAUCAAUUUACAUGUGGUACAAGUAUGUGUGAUGUUUAUGGGUGUAUUAUUUUAUAUUUAUGAUUUUACAUGUGAUGUGAAAGUGUGUCUGACCUUGAGAGUCAAACCAAUUCAGUAUGUCUGACCUUGAGAAAAUUAUUGUUCAUUGAAAAAGAAGUAAUUUGUUAUAUUUUUAGAAACAUUAUUGAGAAUAUUAGCAGAAAAGUUUAACAAUGACAGUAUUUAAAAUCUUAAAUGUUGAUAUGAACUGCUCUUUAAAGUUACAUUGAAUUUGAAAUGAAGUGUUUUAAAUUUUCAAAAUUUUAUUAAUGUUAUAUCUAUUGUCUUCAAAUUGGUAUCAUUUAUGCAAAGUUUUUUAUCCAUGAGAAUUGUAACAAUGAUGUAAAUGUGUGUGAAAGCUUAAUGAAACAUAGUGUAAAUUGCAGUGAGAAUUUCAAAACAAAAUAUUCAUGUUUAGCAUUUUUCAUUGUGAUGAAAUCCACAGAGAUUAUUGACUCUGACAAGUUGAUUUUUCAUUUUUCUUUAAGAACCAGUGUAUAUGAAGUUUCCGGUCAAAAGCUUUCGACCAGGAAUGGAUGCUUUUACUGAACUUAUUGGAAAAAGAGAUUUGUAAUUUCUUAGAGUCAUUAUGUUGUGAAAUAUAUUUUAUAAUAAAUUAUUCGACUCA